AUGUCUGGAUCUUCCCAGAACAAGAACAAACGCGCUUCUUCUCCGCUGUCCUCCCGCUCGCCUCCUGAUUCCGUCCACUCGGUUGACGACGGCGACCAACUCGAUCUUCAGGACGACGCCGAUGCCGUCCUCGACGAUGACCCGAUUCACGUGCAGCAAUUAAACCCACCGCUGUCGUUUAAGCGGAAGAAAAGGGUCCCUUCGCAGUCGACGCCGUCCCGCCUCUUCACCAGCCUGACCGGUGGUUUGCCCUCCGGCCAUGCAUCCCAUCCCUCUCAUGCUGCCGGCCCCUCGCAGCGAGCCGGCCCGAGCAACAUCGAUGGUGCGAGCAAAGAUAACCUUUCCCUGGAUUGGCAUGUCGAGGGUCCUGGCCGGCGGGUCGGAUAUGAAGACUUGACCGCCAUCGACUGGAUUUUCGAGUACACCAAGGAGCGCCAGCGGCUACGGGUCCUUUCCUCCAGCGCAAGUGGCUUGGUGGGAUAUCUGCGGCUCCUUGCCGAUGCUAGCCAGAUAUGGAUCGUCCUCCUCCUCACCGGCAUGCUCGUCGGCGCGAUCGCAGCCGGCAUUGACGUCACCACCAACUGGCUGGGCGAUCUCAAGCUGGGCUUCUGCUCGAGCGGACCCGAGGGCGGCCACUUCUACCUCAACAAGAGCUUCUGCUGCUACGGAUAUGAUCAGGGCUCCAAGUGUGCGGGAUGGAAGUCGUGGAGCGAUGCUCUGGGCAUCCAUGCCGCCGGUGGCAAAUGGAUCAUCGGAUACCUCUUCUACGUCGCCUUCUCCAUGACUCUAGCCUACUGCGCUGCGGUUUUGGUCCAGGAGUACGCCGUGCACGCGAAGCAUAGCGGCAUCCCCGAGAUCAAGACCGUCCUGGGCGGCUUCGUCAUCCGAAGGCUUCUGAGCACCUGGACGCUGAUUCUCGCCGUUGGCUCUGGCAUGUGGCUGGGCAAAGAAGGUCCUCUCGUUCACGUUGCUUGCUGUUGCGCGAACCUGUUCAUUAAGCUCUUCCGCAAUAUCAGCGACAAUGAGGCUCGGAAGCGAGAAGUGCUCUCUGCUGCGGCAGCGUCGGGGAUAUCCGUCGCCUUUGGCUCGCCCAUCGGCGGUGUCCUGUUCAGUCUUGAGGAAUGUUCCUCCUGGCCCCGUAUUGCAUUACCCGACGAUUGUACUGACCUCAUGCAGCAACUGUCAUACUAUUUCCCCGACAAGACCAUGUGGCAGAGCUUCGUGUGCGCCAUGACGGCCGCAGUUGCUCUGCAGGCCUUUGAUCCCUUCCGCUCCGGCAAGCUUGUCCUCUACCAGACCAAGUACACGGCCGAGUGGCACAGCUUCGAGUUCGUGCCCUACGCGCUCCUCGGCAUCUUUGGCGGAGUCUACGGCGGCCUCUUCAUCAAGGCGAACAUGACCGUCGCCCGGUGGAAGAAGGACAGGGGCUGGGUGCCGGGCCCUAUCGUGCAGGUCCUCGCUGUCGCCCUCCUGACGGCCCUCAUCAACUACCCCAACUUUUACAUGAAGGUACAGACUUCGGAGCUAGUCUCGAACCUCUUCGCCGACUGCUCGCGCGUUCUCGACGACCAAAUUGGCCUCUGCAAGACGGGCGCCGCCUCCGCCAGCACUAUUAUUUUGCUCGUCUUCGCCGCCGUCCUCGGCUUCGUCCUUUCCGCACUCACCUUUGGUCUCCAUAUUCCAGCCGGAAUCAUCCUUCCGUCCAUGGCAAUCGGUGCCCUCACGGGCCGCGCCGUCGGCAUCAUCAUGGAGAUUUGGGUCUCCAACCACCCCAAGUUUUUCGUCUUCUCAACCUGCCCUCCCGACGGGGCGUGCAUCACGCCCGGCACCUACGCCAUCAUCGGAGCCGCGGCCGCCCUCGCCGGCGUGACCCGUAUGACCGUCUCCAUCGUCGUAAUCAUGUUUGAGCUCACCGGCGCCCUCACCUAUGUCUUGCCCAUCAUGGUGGCCGUCAUGAUUUCCAAGUGGGUUGGCGACGCAUUCUCGAGGCGCGGUAUCUACGAGUCGUGGAUUCAUUUCAACGAGUACCCCUUCCUCGACAACAGCGAGGAGACCACCAUUCCCGACCUAUCCGCGAGCGACAUCAUGACGCGCAUCGAGGACCUUGUCGUCCUCACCGCCACUGGCCACACCAUUGCCUCACUCAACACCGUCCUCGAGAUGCACCAGUACCGCGGCUUCCCCGUCGUCUCCGAUCCGCGCGAGGCCAUUCUUCUCGGCUACAUCUCCCGUGCGGAGCUUAGCUACAACAUUCGUAACGCAACCCGUCCGCCGCGCGCUCUCGGCCCCGAGACCGAGGCCUUCUUCUCGCACCAACCCCUCGCCGAUCCGCGCACCACUCUCGACCUUCGUCCUUGGAUGGACCAGACACCCCUCACAUUGUCCUCUCAGACGAGCCUCCACCUCGUUGUUACCUACUUCCAGAAGCUGGGCCUGCGGUACGUGCUGUUCAAUGACCGGGGCGUCCUCCAGGGACUCCUCACCAAGAAGGAUGCCUGGUACGUCCUCGACGGCGCGGAUGAGACGCGACGCACCGAAGGUUCCAUCAUCACCGGGGGAGGCGCUGGCGUGAGUAACGGAAAUGGGCUGAGGCGUGACCGUGACGAGAACGAAGAGAGAGCCUUCCUUCGCGAGGAGGAGGCUAUGGACGACCGGGAGGAUGGUGAGCCGAUGCUAUAG